AUACGACAUUCCGGUCAGUUACAAGACAGCUACCAUGCUAAAAUUAUCGGAUUUGGAUCUCUCCGACGACGACGUCCAGCUGGUUGUCCAACGGCACUUUGCCAGCCAUGAUACCCAUCCCCCGACGGCGGUGCAAUCUGCCUGGAUCGAACGUUUCGGAGGAAGCCCAGAUGGCUUCUUGGCGGAUCAUUUUGCCCUGAGGGUGGUGGUCGUUUUCGGCAACGACAAACCACCGAGUACGCGGGAGGUUUCUUUCUUUCUGAAGGCCGUCCCGAAGGGGAACUUGGUGUUGGCAAAGUACUUGGACGAGAUUGGGAGCUUCCGGAAGGAGGUGGCGCUUUGCGAGAAGGUCAUUCCGGAGGUGGAACGAAUGCUCGGCGGGAGACAGGUUGUGCCAAAGUAUCUGCUAACCAAGGAAGACCGGCUGAUUGUGAUGGAGAAUGUUAAGACCAAAGGGUUCGAUAUUUUGAAGGGGAACAGAGGUCUGAUGGAAUACGCCCAGUUGGAGAAAGUGUUGGAGACUUUGGCGUAUUUCCACGCGGGGACGAUUCUGCUUGAGCAAAAAGAAGAUCAAGGUUUGACGGAGAUGUUUCCCGAUGUGUUGAACGAGAACGCCUGGACCGGAGUACAAGGAAGUAUACGAACAAGGGACGUUGAAAACGUGAUAGUUUUGUGGUGCGAGUUCAUGAGAGUCGUGGAGCGUGAUUCAUCUAAACUGGGAACUAUUCUGACUGCUCUUCCAGAUACGAUCAGGAGUUUGUACGAGUACGUAAAGCCGUCAACACAGUGGAGAAACGUGUUCAGUCAUGGUGAUCUUUGGAGUAACAACGUGAUGUUCAGAAGUACGCCCUCUGGAGUUCCUGAAGAAUGUAUCUUAGUAGAUUUCCAACUAUCGCGCUACACUCCUCCAGCGUACGACAUAAAUCUGCUACUAUCGUUGACGACCACAUUUGAGUUCCGCUGUAAACACAUGAAUUCUUUGUUGAACGGUUAUUAUGAUACUUUCCAAACUGUGUUAACUCGUAACGGGGUUGAUCCUACUGCAAUCUACACAAGGAAUUCCUUUGAAGCCAGUUGCGAACACUACCGUCUUGCCGGGCAAAUCCACGGUUGUAUAAUCGGUCCGGAGGUUCUGCUACCAUCAAGCUUCAUUGAUCAUGUGUUCGAUCUCGCCACCGAAUGUGCCGGGUUCAUGCCUCAGCCGAAAGUCAACAUUUGUCUGAAUGCAUUCCGGAGCGACGACUGUUAUCGCCUCCGUAUGUUGGAUAUGGUGCAGGAGUUGCUACCCGAGCUGCACUGCGCAAACGAUAAUGCAGACCUUGAUUGA